UCGAUCCAUUUGUUUACGGAGGUCGUCUGCUACAGUAUCGUAUCACCCAGUGUUUUGAGAUCAAAUACUAUGCUCUGAAUUGAGAUUUUAUGUGACUUUAAACAGAAACGGAGCUGCAAUGCCGGGAACCGAAGACAGUACAACGGAACUCGGGGAAAUAGAAAAUGUUAGGGUUGUGGUCCGCGUUCGACCUUUAAAUGGAAAGGAAUUGGAUGGGCAUUGUAAAAAUAUACUGCGCGUUGAUACGAUAAAUAGUGAAAUAAUUGUUGAAAAUCCCAAUGCUGCUCAAGGGGAACCACCAAAAGUUUUCUCCUUCGAUGCCGUCUUUGAUACUGAUUCGACACAGGUUGAUGUUUACAAUGAAACAGCGAGACCUAUCGUUGAUAAAGUUCUACAAGGAUAUAAUGGAACUAUAUUCGCAUAUGGGCAAACUGGCACUGGUAAAACUUAUACCAUGUCAGGAGCGAAAACAUCUCCGCAGCUUAGAGGUAUUAUUCCAAACAGCUUUGCACAUAUCUUUGGAUUCAUAGCUAAAGCUCAUGACAAUCAGAAAUUCCUUGUACGGGCAACGUACUUAGAGAUUUAUAAUGAAGAAGUUAGAGAUCUAUUAGGUAAAGACCAAAAUACAAGAUUGGAGGUGAAAGAAAGACCUGACAUUGGAGUGUUUGUCAAAGAUCUUAGCGGUUACGUUGUUAAUAAUGCGGAUGAUUUAGAUCGAAUAAUGUCUCUUGGAAAUAAGAACCGUGUUGUGGGAGCUACAGCAAUGAAUGUUUCAAGUUCUAGAUCCCAUGCAAUAUUCACAAUUACAGUUGAAUCUAGUCAGCUUGGAGAAGAUGGUGAACAACAUGUUAAAAUGGGCAAGCUACAUUUAGUUGACUUAGCUGGUUCAGAAAGACAAAGUAAAACAAAAGCUUCUGGAGUCCGUUUAAGAGAAGCAACAAAAAUUAAUUUGUCGCUUUCAACAUUGGGUAAUGUAAUAUCUGCAUUAGUUGAUGGUCAAAGUUCUCAUGUGCCUUACAGAAAUUCGAAAUUAACAAGAUUGCUUCAAGACUCAUUGGGUGGCAAUUCAAAAACAUUAAUGUGUGCAAAUGUAAGUCCGGCAGAUAUAAAUUAUGAUGAAACUAUAAGCACACUUCGUUACGCAAACCGUGCUAAAAAUAUUAAAAAUAGAGCGAGGAUUAAUGAAGAUCCAAAAGAUGCUUUACUUCGUCAAUUUCAAGUGGAAAUUGAACAAUUGCGUAAACAAUUAGAAGAGAACGGUGCAGAAAUCUCCGAAUCUGAAGAUGAGUCCGAAGAUUCUGAAGAAACAGGAGAAACUAAGCAAGAGAAAAAAGCAAGGCGUAGAAGGAGUCAAAUAUUAACAAUGGAAGAGUUAGAAGAUAGAGAUGCAGAUUCCUCCGAAAAGACAGACAAAGCUGAAAGAGAGGACAAAAGCCCAGAUGACAAGGACGUUAUAGAAUUAAAAAGAACUCAGAGCGAAAAAGAAGCAUUGCGAGAGAAAAUGCAAAAUUUACAAAACAAAAUAUUAGUUGGCGGUGAGAACUUGUUAGAAAAAGCUGAAGCUCAAGAACAAUUAUUAGCUGCAGCAGCAAUUGAACUUGAACAACGUAAAAGCAGAGAAGAACAACUUAAAAAAGCUAUCGAAGCGAAAGAAGCUGAACGAAUCGAUAUAGAAGAAAAAUAUUCAUCUCUACAAGAAGAAGCAGCUGGGAAAACAAAAAAAUUAGCUAGAGUCUAUACAAUGUUAAUGUCUGUAAAAGCAGAAUUAUCUGAUUUACAACAGGAGCAUCAAAGAGAAAUGGAAGGGUUGUUAGAAGGUGUCAGAGGUAUUGGAAGGGAAUUACAACUUCAAGAAUUAAUAGUAAAUAGUUACAUCCCUGUUCAAUAUCAAACAAUGAUUGAAAGAUACGUUCAUUGGAAUGAAGACAUUGGAGAAUGGCAACUAAAAUGUGUAGCAUAUACAGGUAAUAAUAUGCGCAAGGCACAGGCAACACCGCCCGUAGGAGGCACUAAAGAUCAAACACAACCAGAUAUGUCAAAUAUCUAUCUAUCUUACAAUACUGGAAUUGACAAUACUUUUGUGCAACCGAAAAAAAUAAGAGGUCGAUCUGGAGUUCCAAGGCCAACUACUGCACAUAAACGUACUCCGCAUUAAAAGUAUAUUUAAACUAUAAAAUGAUAGAGAUAUUUAUUUUUCACAGAGUACCUUUUUUUAAACAUUUUUUCAGAGUAUUAUAUUAAUUUAUUUUUGUUUAUACAACUUGUACGAGAAACGUUGUAUUACAUGUAAUUAUACAUUUACUCGUAUUUUAAGUCACUUACGUUCAAUCCCAUUUUAAAUAUUAUAUAGAAGGUUAAACGAUAUCUCGAUAUCAUUAUUAAGAAGCUAUAUAAUAUGUAAUUAUAAUAAUGAGAAAAAGAAUCUGAAUUUUAAUUUGUACUGAAUGAUAACGUACAUGAAAUCGUGUUACAUAAAUGCAAAAAGGAGUCGCAGAAAAAAUUUAACAGAAAUUAUAACUAAAUUUAGUAGAAACAAAUCUUGUUUCAGAUCAAAUGACUACGUUAUUAGUUAUUAGAAUUUUAAUAUCCGAAGUGAUUUGCUAUAAUUGUUUUUCGUGCAUUCAUAUCUCUCUGUGAUGUUUGUUAAAUAUUAGAUGUCCAAAAUUAAUUUUAUGAUGAAUACAAAAUCAUAGAAAGUACAUUUUCAUAUACAAUAGCAUGCAAUAUAAAUUAUUACUAUUACUAAAUAGAAGAUUGAUCUGAAGACUUUAGAGAGGAAAUUAUGUACUGUACCUGUGCGAUAAAAAAUAAAAUGUUUCGCUCCGUAUGGAGAUAUUAGGUACAUAUGAUUUAAAAAUGGGAAUGCAAUAUUUAUAAAAUAAUUGUUAGCGAACUUAUGUCUUUUUACAUUGCCAUUCUUAUAUACUUUGAUAAGAACUAGAUUUUUUAGCAAGACGAUAAUACUGUAGCAUGUAUUUCUAUAGGAUUUUUUAGUCAAAGUAUUUCAAAGUAAUUAUUUAAGAGAAAAAAGUAAUUACUUACAUUUUCAUAUCUAAUGCUUAGUUGAUUAUUAAUUCAAAUAUGAUUUAAAUCAUAAAAAAAUAAUUAAGAAAUAGAUGUUGUAAGAGUAAAAUAGUAGUUUAUAUGCAUUUAAAAUAUUUUGUGUGAUAAAAAUAAUCUACAGUUUUAUCUGUCUGCGCUUUAAGUUAUAUUAAAGCACGUGCAUUCUUUAAUUACUGUGAUAAUAAAAUGCUUAUAUUAUUUUGAAUACGUUU